AUGAUGUCAGAGACCACUAUGAUGACAGAGACCACUAUGAUGUCAGAGACCACUAUGAUGACAGAGAUCACUAUGAUGACAGAGACCACUAUGACGUCAGAGAUCAAUCACUAUGAUGAAAGAGACCACUAUGAUGUCAGAGACCACUAUGAUGAAAGAGACCACUAUGAUGUCAGAGACCACUAUGAUCAGCGUCCCCUGCAGCAGUCCCUGGCUGCCUCUCUCUGUCGUGAGUCUUACUGGAAGUGCCUCCUCCUCACUCUCCUCAUGCACGGCUGUUUCACCACGCUGGGCUGGUGUGUCGUCUGCCGCGUCCCAGCUCUGGGCUCCGGGGAGUAUGUUGUUAUCUCGGCUCCGUCCGCCACCACCUUCCCUGACUUACCUCAGCUGCACCUACAGCACGACAGCCCAUGUUCCAGUGGGUAUGUGUAUAUCCCUCUAGCCUUCCUAGCUAUGCUGUACGUGGUGUAUCUGGUGGAAUGCUGGCACUGUUACUCCAAGACCGCCAUUUUGGCUCACGCAGAGACGGCAGAGGUGUAUGAGCGUGUCACAAGGCUCCAGCAGGCCACUCCCUGUAUCUGGUGGAAGGCCAUCAGUUACCACUACGUCAGACGGACCAGACAGGUGACCAGGUAUCGCAACGGAGACGCUUAUACCACUACACAGGUCUACCAUGAGAGGGUUAACACCCACGCCUCCAGCUCUGAGUUUGACUACGGUCGCCACGGGGUUAAAGACGUCUCCAAGAAUCUCCAGGGACUUCAGGAGCACCCGGCUGUCAGACUACGCUUCACCAAGUGUUUCAGUUUUGCCAGCGCCCGUGCGGAGGCUGCAUACCUCACCCAGCGAGCACGCUUCUUCGGAGACAACGAGGGUCUGGACGAUUACAUGGAAGCCCGGGAAGGGAUGCAUCUAAAGAACGUGGAUUUCAAGGAGCAUAUUCUGGCGUUCCCAGACCCGACCCGGCAACCGUGGUAUUCCCGACACCGGGUCUUCUGGCUGGCCUCAGCGUUCCUCUUCUCCUGGCCCAUCCGGGUCGUGUCGGAGUACUGCACGGCCCACGUACACUACCACGUGGAGAAACUGUUCGGAGAGGAGACGCUCCGUGAGGACGGAGUAACGGAGAACGGAGGAACGGCGGGAGGAGAGAGGAGCGCCAACGGCGGGUCGAGCUACAGAGCGAUAUCGCGGGUGAACACGGUGGACAUGACGGAGCUGGAGUGGCACAUUCGCUGUAAUCAACAAAUGGUUCCUUCUUAUUCCGAAGCUCUUCUCAUGGACUUGGAGAGAGAGAGUAAUGGAGGAGUCAGUGGAACAGGAGGAACUAACACCACCUCCUCCACACCUGGAGCGCCGGGCUCCAUCCAGGGGGGCUUUCCAGCCAGCAUGACCCGCCCAGUGGCCUUCUCCACGGCUUACCUCCUCCAGAGCUGCCCCCGGUGUCGGAGUACCACGUCAAGCUCCAGCCUGCCAUCCAGGCUAAGGGCCCCGACGGGGAAUCCAGCCCUGCUGAACGGCACUGUGGUUGGGAUGAGGGCGAAUGGUGUAGGGGGUGGGGGUCCGGGUGGGGGAGGGGGAGGUGGUAGGUUAGUGUUGAGUCGUAGUGGGUUUUCUCUGGGGACACGGCCGAGACCAGCAAGUCUAUUUCACUCUCGUAGUGUGGGGGGAGGACUAGGAGGAGGACGGGGGGAAGACGGAGGAGGAGGAGGGGGAGGCUUUCUGGGGUUAGGGUCCCGGCAGGGUCAGGAUGAUGAGGAAAGUAGAGGAGUGUUGGAAGGAGAGAGAGGGGAGGAGGAGGAAGAGGAGGGAGAGAGGGAUGAGGAAGAAGAGCAGGAGGGCGGAGGAGAGGUGGAUGAAGGGGUGAGGGAUAGACCUCCGUCUUACCACGAUGCGUUUUUCUUCCCGGUGCUGAUCGUGCACGGAGAGGAGAGCUGCCAUGGUGGAGAUGAUGUGAUGGACACAAUAGUAGACUGACAGAAAAGAAUGGUUGUCUGAGAGACAGUGGAAAGGAGGGAAUAUUGUAGUACAGGACAAGAAAGAGAUGUAAAUCAACUGAGAGAAAGGGAAGAUAUUGGUAU